AUGCCCAACGGCUCCCUAAAUUCCUUCCUCUUCUCCAAGUCGGAAGACGUGGAGAAGCUGUUGGACUGGACGACCCGGUUUCAGAUCAUACGGGGAACUGCACGAGGAUUAGUUUAUCUCCAUGAGGAAUGCAGGGAUCGCUUCAUUCACUGCGAUAUUAAGCCUGUAAACAUUCUCCUGGACGGUGACUUUAGCCCAAAGGUGGCAGAUUUUGGACUAGCGAAGCUGGUAGGUAGAAAUUUCAGCCGCGUACUGACAACCACAAGAGGAACUCGUGGGUACUUGGCUCCCGAGUGGAUCUCUGGCCUUCCUAUCACUCCCAAGGUGGACGUAUACAGUUUUGGCAUGACGCUUUUGGAAAUUCUAUCAGGCCGAAGAAAUUUGGAUUUAACAAGAGGAAACAUAUUGGGAGUUGUGGAUGCAAGAAUAGCAAGUGAGGUAAAUACCGAAGAGGUGAGAAGAGCUGCUGUCAUUGCUGGGUUGUGCAUUCAAGACGAUGAGAAUCAGAGGCCAAGCAUGAGUGAAGUGAUAAAGAUACUGGAAGGCACGAUGGAGGCUUCUGUGCCACAAAUUCCAAGGUCUUUACAGGUCCUAGCAGGUCAGGUGGACGACAAUGAUAGCUGCAGUCAACAUGUUUCCAUAGCAAAUGGUUCCGUAUAUACAAAAUAG